GCAGGUGCCCGAUCAUUAAUUGCCAACUAGAGAUGGAGGUGUCCAAGUUACAGAUAUUGUCGCUCGCUGUGCUCGCAGCCAUCCUCCUGUCGCCAGCCGCCGUGGAUGCUGUCUGUGGCCGGUGCGUGAACUCUCACGCGUGCAUUAGCGAGACCCAGUACCAAUUAUGCUUCGAUGGUGUGCGCGACCAGACGCAAAACUACACGUGCCCCAGCGAGAGGGCCAUCUGCACGGAUUACCAUGCCACCUGCAUGGCUAACAGUACGAGUGUGCUAAGGGGCUGCGGCGAUGUUUCCGCAUGCGGUGUUUGUGCCGAUAUCGCCACCAAGUUCACUUGCACCUCGCGUAACACCUUUGCCGCCUGCAGCAAUGGGGCGAUCACCGCGUACACGCAGACAUGCAAGAACAAUUUCGUGUGCAGUACGGCUUCAGCUGCUGCGGGUACACCCUGUGUCUCCCAUUGCAAGGGCGCGACCGGCGACGUAUGCGAUCUACCUGGGCUAGUUUUCGCCGAUGAAUUACCUAUCGAAACCACCUUAGUGGACACUAGUCCGGUAACCACAGCGUCCCCUUCCGAUGAUCCGACUGUAACCACUGUGAAUCCUUCUACAGCAACAACAGGGAUCACAACAGUAGACCCUAGCACAGACUCAACCACAGUAACCCUUCCAACAGACUCCACUUCCACUCCUACAGUAAACACUCCUACUGAGACCACUCCAACCACAGUAACAUCUCCCACAGAGACCACUCCUACUCCCACACCAAAUCCUUCCACAGAUACCACCCAAACCACAGUAAACACUCCCACAGAGACCUCCCCCACCACAGUCACCAUUCCAACAGAAACUAGUCCCACUCCCACUGUAACCCUUCCAAUAGAGACCUCCCCAACCACAGUCACCAUUCCAACAGAAACUAGUCCCACUCCCACAGUAACCCUUCCCACAGAGACAACUCCAACCACAGUGAACACACCAACAGAGGCAACCCCAACCACAGUGACCCCAACCACAGUGACGGCAACCACAGCGACCCCAACCACAGUGACCCCAACCACAGUGACCCCAACCACAGUGACCCCAACCACAGUGACCCCAACCACAGAGGAGCCUACUACUCAGACCACCCUACCAGCGGAGACCGUCUAUUGUCAAGGCAUCACCACCGCCGGUCGCUAUGCCAUACCCGGGGACACUGUGUGCACGAGCUACAUCAAUUGCAUCUAUAGGGAGAACAGUUGGAAGGGCAUAGUCUAUAAUUGUGUCGCUACCAAGCCGUACUUCAACGCAUCCGCCUUCACUUGUGGCACGACCAAGCCAUCUGGACCAGGAUGUACGGAUGCAUACGUUUUCCAGCUAUUUCUGGCCUUUCUGGUGGGCCAAACCGUAUCCGAGUGCAAUGUCUGUCAAUCGAAUAAAGUUGCCUGCAUAAAUUCCACUUCCUUCUAUCUGUGCUUUGGCGAUGGAACACCUCACACGGAUCAACUCUACCACUGCCUUGAAGGCUUCGACUGCACAAAUCUGACUGCGAUCUGUACCCAGAAGAGCAACCAGCGGCCGCCCAGCUGUGGGGACACCUCCCAGUGCGGUCAGUGCAGCGCCCAUCGGAACUUUCUGUUCGCCUGCCUGAGCCGCGGGAUCUUUCAGAUGUGCUAUGGGGCCGUCAGUCCCACAGGGAAGUUCGGUUAUUGUCCCACUGGCAUGGUUUGUGAUGCCAGCACCGAUAGUAUCUGUGUUCCUGAGGUGGCGAAUCAAACGCUGACCUGUGACCUCAACGAUCAGCUGGUGGAUACGACCACAGCAUCGCCGACUUCCAGUACAUCACCCGACCCCAAUGAGAGUACAGAGAGCACCCCUACAGUACCUACAAUACCUACAACCACUGUGAAACCCCUGACCCCCUUGGAAGUGUGUACGCAGCACCUGGAGACGGGCCUGUAUCCCACAGAUCCUCCGGAUACCAGUUGCAAGCGCUACAUCAGUUGCUACAUUAAAAAUAGCAUUGUUGUUCAAGCCAAGGAAUACGAUUGCCCGACGGACUCCUAUUUCGAAGCAGAGAUGCAGAAGUGCUCAUACAUGAAGCCUGCUACUUUUGGUCGAUUGCCUCAGUCGUUCUCGAAGAUGCUGCGCCUUCUGUUCUGUCUGGGAGUGGGCAUACUCGGCUGUCAGGCCGCCUGCAAUGUCUGUUCUUCCUGGUCCAACACGGCCUGUGUAUCGGAAACUUCCUUCAAAUUUUGUAAUGAAGCAGCAUUGCUAAUUGGCGACGCAACCCCCUGCCAAAAUGGCUUUUAUUGCACGGGAGAAGCUAUAGUUUGUCAGAAUAGCCCGACACUCACUGCCUGCAUCACAGACAGCACAGAGAGCACCACGGGCACUACACAGUCCAACACGAGCAGUGCAGAGAGCACCACGGGCACUACAGUGACCUCCAGCAGCAGCACAGAGAGCUCCACGGGCACCACAGCUACCACAGCUAUCACCAUUACAGCGAGUACCCCAACCCCAGAAACCACCACCAUUACAGCGAGUACCCCAACCACAGUGGAUCCAGCAAUCAUUGAUAUAUGCAGGAUCAAGGCCACCACGGGUCGCUAUACCAAUCCCAAUGAUUCUACCGGCCGGAGUUACGUAAUGUGCUUCUAUCGGGGUUCUACCUGGUCAGGAGCUGUCUGGGAGUGCCCCUUAGCGAAACCCUAUUUCAAUAGCACUACUUCUGUAUGCUCUUCAACGAAACCUUCUAAUUGUGUGUGAUAUGAUAUAUCUUUUAAGAAUUAUGCACUAAAGUUUAUUCAAUUACACAUAUACAUUUUU